AUGUCGACCAUCUCCUCCUACGAUCUUUGCACUCGUUCUCGAUCUUCUACCCAAUCUUCAGAGCCAGUUCACCUCUCUUUCGACCCAUCCACUGACGACGAAAUUGUAUGGGACGUAGAGGACAAUUCGUCUGCCGUUGCCUCGGACGAUGAUUUCGUUGUGCUCAGCCGCAACCCCCAUGAUUCCCUCGUUGACCAGUUCUCCAAUCUUUCCCUAACCAAGCCCUCUCACCAUACCUCUCCUGCCACACCACCACCCCAUACUACUGCCCCUGUAGUACGCAAGUCCCAUCGUCGUAAGAAACAGCCCAAAUCUAUGCCUCGUGGAUUGGGAGAGCGCCCUAUUGUCGACGAUCUCUCUUCCAUUCAAGACUCAGCCUCUGAGCGCAGCGCAUCCCCCUUUUCUUCCUACGAUGCUGCUGCCUCCUACAUCAGCGCGUUUCUUCAGGACAAUACCCCUCUGUGCCGCCUCACAUUCAUGCAGUGCCUGCUCGUUGAGCUUGGCCUUGCCUCGUCUACCCUCCAAGUCCCUGAUUCUGUCCGAAGCGCGAAAGCCAUGCUGAAAUCGCACGCAUUCCUUAACAUUGCCGAAUACCUUGCCGCCCGAGAGCACGGGCCUGCUGCAAUCCAGAGCGUCAUGCAUAAGACUCGCUCUUCUCUCAUUCGUGACCUUCGCACCCGCAAACACGAGGUUAUGGUUCCACGCAACGUGGUGAAAGAGUCUGGUUUGUCAGUGCUGCUGGUAAGAUGCUAUCACUAA